AUGAAUCAUGAUAAUGAUUUAGCUAAAACUCUUACUUAUUCUGAGUUUCCACAAUAUUUUGUCUACCAAAGAAGCAAACGAUGUUGGAAAAUUAGACAGAAGGGAUUUGCCAUAGGAAGGAUUACUCAUGUGUCUCCUUCAUCUGGUGAACUUUACUAUCUACGAAUCCUCUUAACUAAGGUUAGAGGUCCUUCAUCAUUUGAAAAGAUUAGAACAGUGGAUGGUGUUGUGCAUUCCACUUUUAGAGCUACGUGCUUUGCUCUUGGAUUAUUACACGAUGAUAGUGAAUACAUAAAUGCCAUUAAGGAGGCGUCAGUUUGGGCAUCUGGGAGAUCAUUACGAAAGAUGUUUGUUAGCAUGCUUCUUUGGGUACAUAUAUCUAUAAGUGAGAAGGAAGAAGCUGCCUUGAAAGAAAUCGAAUCAUUGUUGCAAGAGAAUGGGAAGACCUUGAAUGACUUUCCUAUGCUUCCAAAACCAGCAUCAUUUAGUCCACUUGAUAUCAGCAAUCAUCUCAUUUUGCAAGAGCUUGGUUAUGACCGAACAUCCAUGAAAGAAGAAUCGAACACUUUGAUCAACUCAUUAAAUUCAGAGCAGAAACAUAUUUUUGACUCUAUCAUAUCCUCUUUGAAUUCAAAUGUUGGUUCAUUCUUCUUUGUCUAUGGUUAUGGCGGAACAGGGAAGACAUUUCUGUGGAAUGCUUUGGCCUCUACUCUUCGAGCUAGAGGCGAUAUUGUUAUUACUAUUGCCUCUAGUGGCAUCGCUGCCACAUUAUUACCAUUUGGAAGGACGACACAUUCCAGGUUUGCGAUCCCUAUACAAGUUAAUGAAGACUCUGUUUGCAAUAUCACACAAAAUUCUGCCUUAGCUAAUUUGAUUGUACAGACAAAGUUAAUUAUAUAG